ACAAAUUCUGCUGAUGCAUCUACUGUAUGCGAAUUUAUAAAACAAUAUUGAAUUAAUAAACUUGUUUUAAGUGAACGGUGAUGUGAACAAUACGUGAUUUACAAUGUUUCAAAAUGGAAACCUUUGUUUGGCACUGCUGCAUUCUGAUUAGCUGUUUAGUUAUAAAUUAUUCAACGGCUAAACCAUUUUCGCUGAACGAAGCUCUUGCUGCGGAAUUAGAACAAAAACAAAUCAUUGAGACAUCGUCGAAAUCACCAGAAAAGACUGCUGAACGUUUCUCUUUGAACAAGGGUUUGAAGCCAAUUUCGUCGAAAUCAAUUUUGUUCAAGGAAGCUGAUAAUAUUUUCUCACGAGUCAAAAAAUUAUCGCCACUAAAAUAUAAAAAGAAGUUUGAAAUUAAAACACCAUUAAAACCUAAAACCAUUAAACGUUCAUCAAAGUCCAAAUUAAGGCGCAAAAACCAAUCUGUUAAAAGAGAAAUCAACAGCAAUGAUCAGCUCAAUCAAAAAUACAUACCACUUCUUAAAAAUAUUGGUAUGUUGUUUGAUAAUCUUCUCUUGUCAGACGAGAGCGACUCCUAUGAAAUCAGAUCACGUAAAUACAAACGAAAUAGAUACCACUCCAUAUUCUCAGAAGAAGGAUACGGAAUGGAAUGUACAUGUGCUCACAGAUCCAAUAACGAAAAUGCGAAAUCUAAGUCGCCAGAAGAGACAGCUGUUGUCGAGACUCCUACCACUGAAAUCUCGAUUGAUUCCGAGAUUGUCUCCUUUACCACGACUACCACCGAGACAACCGAUACUACUUCCAUUAGUGACUUCCGCGGUGUCGGACUCUAUAAGAACGUAUCCUUAUUAUUUCCAAGAGAUACCGCUGGCAGUUGGGGAAACGAUAAUGGAAUCAGUGCGGGAAGCCGCACCCCACAUAACCGGAGCGCUGAAGGAAAUUUCACCCGGAAUCAUGGAAAUGGUGAAUAUAGUGCCGAAUGCAGACAAAAUGACUCCCUUACAACAAAUGGUGAUGAAAUUACCUGCGAUGCUCCACGAAACGGUGCAAGUGGCGAUGGAUCCCAUGAACGAAGACGCAGAAAUGGAUAUAAUUCAAGAAGUCCCGGUACGGAAAAUGAAAACCUCUCUGAAAUCCAUGGACAGGUCAUUAAACAUGAAAAACAAGAUAAAUUGGGCAUGGGAGGACACGAAACAGAAAGCACAAAAUCGUUAUCAGAACUUAUUCGACGACUACGAGGAUUCGUAUCCGAGAUCGAAAUUACCAGUAACUCAGACGUCGUACAACCCGAAAAACUUUAUAAAGAAAGCAUCAUCAAUGUCGCACACAAUAACACCAGUUUUAAACGAUUCCCUGACAGAGGUAGCCCAGAUACCGAAGAAGAUAAAAAAAUUUAUCCAAGAUAUGAAACAAUAAUAACACCCAAAACUUCGAUAAGUUCUAUUUCCAAAGACAUAAAGUCUGCAAAAUCAUCUCCAACUGUUAUGAUUAUAGAUGGAUACAGUGUAACCAGAUACAAGAACGGUGAAAAUAAAUUGGCAAAAAAAGCAAUUCACAUACACUCAUAAAUAAUAUCAACAAAAUAUGUAGUCACUUUUAUUAAAAAUAAAAUGUUUGACAUACAG